AUGGUUCCACCAGAAGACAUGGAAGAGUACACUCCUUCAGAACCCCCAAAGGCAGAAGAGAUGGAGAUUGAGGGGCAGGAGAUGUCUUCGCCGCGAGGUGACGUUCAAAAGGGGGUGAAACGUGAUGCCGAUGUGAGUACAGAAGAGUUGGAGAAGGAGAUUCGGUCAGAACCCAAAGAUAUUGAAUAUCUUCAGGACUUGCAGUGGUCAGCAACUUCAAUGCCGCUUUGCAUCACAGCAUCACAUGCCGACGGAUCAGACUUGACCUCCCCAGACUUCUAUGUCACUUCCAUGAAUUCUAUCAAGUUUGAACCGGGGAAGGAGCAUGUGAUGACACGAAUCCGGAUCGGCGGAGGACAUGUGUUGGUUUGGAAACCAGACGAGGUGAUUGACGACAGUACUCUAGACAACUUGAAUGUUGAUCAAGGGUAUCGCGGCAUGCUAGAAGAGGAGACUGAGGAGAUGAUCACGAAGGCCAUAGCAGCAGUUGUUCCAGUGAAGGUCACAGGACAGAUUCUUCCUGGAGACGAAGGAGGAGGAGAACUUGACUUUUUGGGUCGAAAGAUCUACAAGAGUCCCAAGGCUGAUCAGUUGGCGAUGUAUGUCUCUCCUUCUUAUCUUGAUUCUUCGUUUGCCGAGUAUGACAUCAAGAAAGGGUCUCAGGCCGCGCCGGAUGUGGCAGCUCAGUUGGAGAAGACCGACGAGGCAUCAGGUCAGAGGUUAUCCCCAGAAGCAUACCAACGUUUUAGAAGGUGCCUUGGUCGCUUGCUUUGGCUGUCGCAGUCACGACAGGAAAUCAAGUUGUGGUUGUCGCUGAUUGGGGUGAAGCAGGCAGAUCCAACGCAGUCGACAGAAGCAGCGCUCAGAGCAGUCAUGAGGUAUCUUUUAGGUCAUAGGCAGGUCAGUUUGGUUUUCCCUUCACCGCAGUUUCCCAUCGACCAUGUUGAGAAGGACUUGUUGGGUAUUCACAUUCACGGAUACUGUGACGCAUCGCACGGACCAUAUCGAUUCAAUAUGCGGAAGAGCAUUUCCGGUGAAGUGUUGACGUUUGAACAAGGUCUCAUUAGAACUGCAGCCAAGCAACAGCGACCGGUGGCGCUCAGUUCGUGUGAGGCUGAAACGUACGCAUUGCAAGCAGCAUGUCAAAGUGCAACUUCAUUGGCCAAGCUUGUGAAGAGGAUCAUGGUGGGCCUGGGUGAAGCUUCGGACACAGACCAGGUCAUGACAGUGAUGUUGACGGAUUCGGCAUCGGCGCAGCAGCUCAUUCAGGGCAUUGACAUCCCUCGAAG